GAAAUUAAAGCUCCCACGUCCCUCGACAAGCCGCAAGGGUUAGUGGUCGCAAAAGCAGAAUGCUUUCACUUUCACGUCUUCCUCACUUGAAGAAACCUCUGUGUUCAAUCUCUCACCGUCUUCUACCUCGUCGAAGACGCACUCUCCAAAUUUCAAUUUCUAUUCUCCCUUCUUUUUGUUUCUUCUCUACAGUUCCUCCUCCUCCAUUAUCACCCCAGCAUCCUCUUCAUACUCACUACAAGCUGAAUCACAAAGAUUGGUUGUCUCCAAAUGAGGUUUUAAGCAUUUUUCAAAAUCUUAGAGACCCAAAUUCAGUGAUCUCUGUCUGGAAUCAAUAUUCAAAGCGAAAAGACUACAAGCCUAAUGAAGCUAUUUACACUCUUGUCUUAAACCAGCUUGCCCAAGCUAAAAACUUUGAUGCCAUUGAAGAUAUCAUGCAAGGAAUUAAGCUUGAAAAGUCCUGCCGUUUAUCAAAUGAUUUCUUUUACAAUGUGAUCAAGAUUUAUGGCCAUUUAGCGGGUCGAAUCAAGAAAGCGAUAGAAACCCUUUUUGAUAUGCCAAAGGGUUAUAAUUGCUGGCCAAAUGUAAAAACUUUUAAUCUUGUAUUGAAUUUGCUUGUAUCUGCAAAGCUUUUCGAUGUAGUUCAUGAAAUAUAUGUGAAAGCUCCGAUGUUGGGUGUAGAGAUUGAUGCUUGUUGUCUUAAUAUUCUCAUUAAAGGGUUAUGUGAAAAUGGGGAUUUGGAGGCAGCAUUCUAUGUGCUCGACGAAUUUCCUAAACAGAGGUGUAGGCCUACAGUGAGAACAUUCUCAACGCUGAUGCAUUACUUAUGUGCAAAAGGGGAGGUGAACAAGGCAUUUGGUUUGCUUGAGAGAAUGGAAAGAGAGGGUAUUGAUGCAGAUACGAUCACUUUCAAUAUCUUGAUUUCAGGGUUGAGGAAGCAAGGAAGGAUAGAGGAGGGAAUGGAACUGCUGGAUAAAAUGAAGCUCAAGGGGUGUGAACCAAAUCCAGGGUCCUAUCAAGAGGUUUUAUACGGUUUGCUUGAUGUCGGAAAGUUUAUGGAGGCAAAAGAAUUCAUGAGUAUGAUGAUCCGUGAGGGGAAUAGUCCUAGUUUUGUAUCAUACAAGAAGUUGAUUCAUGGGCUUUGCAAUGAGAAGUUGACUGGGGACGUUGAUUGGGUUUUGAAGCAAAUGGUGAAGCAAGGUUUUGUCCCAAAAAUGGGAAUGUGGGGGCAGGUUCUGGGCAGCAUAUUUUCAGGGACCAAUGCUUCCAACUGUUUCUGUAUAAGUCAAAUUGUCAGUGGCUAGCAUCAUGGAACCUUGUAUUAGUAAAUUCUAUUUGCCAGACGUGGAGUAUUUCCCAGAACAUGCUUGAGACGAGCUAGAAGCCAAAUGGCAACAAUUUGUGAGCUGAUUUGAGGAUUGUCUUCGAUGUGAUAUCACUGUGCAGGUUCCUAUCCUAAGUUUCUGAUUGCUAGCUGAUCUCCUAAUUUCCCUGAUCAGAUGUUUGCUGAGGUGUAUGGACGUGGAGGUUCCGCCUGAUGCAUAUAUAUCUAUGCAUUUUACUUUUUACUUCCUUGAAGAACUAUUGAGUUGCCUGUGAUCAAUGGGAAACAGUUGCUAUCUCUGCUUUCACAAUAUAAUCUGUAUCCUAUGGCUAACCAACUUAAUGAGAGUCCAUGCGGAUACAGAAUUUUGACCCAAACCUGAUUGUUCAACAGUAACUUCUGUCAAGCUUCUGACAUUUGGUGUCCCUUGUAUUUUUCAUACAUGUUUAUCAUGAUUCGUUUCAUGGCCAGAAGUAAAUUUUGUCUUGCAAGUCAAUAUUUGAAUUCUGAGCAAAGGUAAAAUGAAUUAAUUGGAACUUGUUUUUUUGCAAGUCGCACAAUAUGCAGUUGAUUUUAUCUUGCAUCA